ACUGAGCACUAUUAGGGGAUGAGGGUUGGCAGCAGUAUUUAAAGGGGGUGGGGGGUGGGGGUGUUGAAGCAUAGAAGCUUGAAAGCAGAAGCAGCGACCCAUGGCUUGCCGACGGUUCCUCCUGCUUGCCCUUCUCCUCGUCGCCGCCUCAUUGGUCCAAACGGAUUUAGUCUCCGCCGGCCAUUUCAACCGCAACGACUUCCCCAAAGGUUUUCUCUUCGGCGCAUCCUCGGCUGCCUAUCAAUACGAGGGUGCAGCACACUUGAGGGGAGAAACUGUAUGGGACAAGUUCAUUCACGAUUUCCCAGAUAAGAUUACUGAUGGCAGCAAUGCAAGCGUAGCUAACGAUUUCUACCAUCGUUACAAGGAGGACAUAAAAGUAAUGAAGGAAGUAGGUUUGGAUGUAUUCAGGUUCUCCAUCUCGUGGGCCAGAAUAUUGCCUCAUGGGAGGCUUAGUAAAGGAGUGAACAAAGAAGGAAUCGCGUUCUACCACAGUCUCAUUAACGAGCUUAUAGCACAUGGUAUUAAGCCUGUUGUCACACUCUAUCAUUUUGAUCUUCCCCAAGCCCUAGAAGAUGAAUAUGGCGGCCUUUUAAGCCCUAAAUUUCAGCAAGACUUUCAUGACUAUGCAGACCUUUGUUUCCAUUUAUAUGGCGAUAAGGUGAAGCACUGGAUCACUUUUAAUGAGCCCUAUGUAUUCAUUUUUCUCGGUUAUGUCUUGGGCAAUAUGCCCCCUGCUCGAUGUUCAGCAUGGAUGAACAACGGUUGCCCUGGUGGUGAUUCUGCUACAGAACCUUAUACAGCCGGCCACAAUGUGCUUCUUGCUCAUGCAAAAGCCGUGAGACUAUAUCAGAAGAAAUACCAAGCUGCUCAAAAGGGCGAAAUUGGAAUAGCGUUAAAUGUUCCUUGGAUGUAUCCCGAUACCAACACAAUACAAGAUAAAAGAGCAGCCAUGCGAGCUCUUGACUUUAUGUAUGGAUGGUUCAUUCAUCCAGUCGUCUAUGGCGACUAUCCCCGAACAAUGAGAACGCUUGUGCGAGACAGAUUACCAAAAUUCACUGCUGCGGAGACUUUGUUAGUCAAAGGGUCUUAUAACUUCAUUGGACUAAACUACUAUACCUCAUACUAUGUGGUCCAUGUGCCCUUCAGUAAUAAGCCAGCUCAUCUUAGCUUCUCAUCAGAUUCUUACACUACAAUGUCAAGUGAGAACACCAAUGGAUCGGCUGCCGGUUUCCCAGUUGGAACUUCAUAUUCCGCUCCAGAAGGAUUUGAAAAGAUACUGGUUUACACUAAAGAUCAUUACAAAAAUCCCGAAUUGUAUAUUACAGAGAACGGCAUGGCAUUUUACAAUAAUCGAACAGUUGCUGAAAGCAUCAAAGAUCCAGAAAGGAUUACAUUCUACAAGGCCCAUCUUAGGGCCAUUGAAGCAGCUAUCAGGCAAGGUGUUGACCUCAAGGGUUUCAUGGCGUGGUCUUGGCUCGACACAUUCGAGUGGAAUUCAGGUUACACUGUGGGAUAUGGUCUCAACUACGUUGAUUUCAAAAACGGCUUGAAAAGAUACCUUAAAGAGUCCGCUCUUUGGUACAAGAGAUUCCUAGCUCCUUGAAAAGAUUUUAGGAGUUUGGAAUGUUGUGAUCCUGUUUUCAAUAAGCUGAGGAUGAGGUCUUGGAGCCCUCGCUGUCAUGUCUGAGUUGAUAUGAAUGAGGGUUCAAGAUAUAAGACUUUUUAGUAUUGUGUAUCUUCUGAAUAUUUUCAAUAAAUAGCAUGAUGUGUUUCUCAUA